AUGCCACUCUCUGUCUUCGACGACAUCCGUGAUCUUCUGGUCAGCCAUGACAAUCCUGCGCGACNNGAAGGCGAUCUCGACUAUGAACGAUGCGCUGCUCUGCACAAUGCGAUAGUCAAGUACGGCUGGAAAACGAGUGGUCGCUCACUCGACGAGAUCCCCUGGGUCAGUUGCUGGGAAGCAGGCGCAGAUGAAUGGGAGUUGGAUAUUGGUCGCCUUCACCCGUCGAUGGUUGAGUUCCUCAAACAGGCGUAUAGUACUGAGCUCCCGGACANNACCGAGUCAAUUCACCACAAUGGCAUGCCAAGAGAAUACAAAUUUCUCUAUUUCCUCGAGGGACUUGUCGGCCCUCAUGGCCAUGAGUGUCCUGCCUACACAUUUGAGGACUUUGAGGAUUAUCCCGGCCAGUAUAUGACACUCUACACCCCGAACGGUCGCUUGGGCUCGCAUCCCUACAGACUUGUGUUUGCAUCCUUCUUUCCUAGCACGGAGCAAGCUCAAAGUUUGACUAACGACUCUUGCAUAGUUNACAACCAGGAGACACAUGAAUGUGUCAUCAAUUUUACAAACACCUGGUUUGAGCCAAUGGAUAGGGUCCUUCCAUGGCAAAGACUUGAGACCAUCCUCAGUGUCUACAUCGACAUGAUCGAGUCUGGAAAGUUGUCUUGUGUCCAUAACGAUGUCGAGCAGCCCGGUGAUGCAAAGCGUAUGCUGGUGAACGACGAGGUUCUCAUGACCGCCCAGAUGCAAUAUUUGCAAAUCCGGUGA